GAACCCUCGCCUUUCCCUUCACAUCCCCAUCUAUCGAAACCCUACAAAGGAGACCGGCGAGAAGGGAAGAAGCGAAAUCUGAUUUCGUCGAUUACAUAUUAUCAUUAGGGUUUGGGGUAGGCGAGAGACGAUCUCGAUCGCGAGCGGAUAUGGUCCACGGGCGCAGGAAGGCACGGCGGGAGCGUGCUACGGCCCGGACGCCAUCGGGUUCGCAGGAUAAUUACAAAGUCGGCGAUGAUGAUUUCCGUAAGCACCUUGCUGUUUUGUGCAGCAGGCCUCGUCCUAUAACCGUCGUCGGGCCCAGGAUGGACUGGGAACAGCAACGCAAGGUCUAUGAGCGCCUUGCACUCUACCGCAUCAGAGCACGGAAGAGGAGAGAGGGAGUGUCCAUAGAUAAGCUGGAUGAUAGGACUCUGAAAGAGGAAUACCCCCCGCAAGCUCUCGAGGAAGCGUAUUACUUUAGCGACUAUGACCAAGACGGCACCAUUGAUUGGUACUUCGAUCCUGACCUCUCCGUUCACUCCUACUUGAGUGACUACCACCGCCUUGUCCUUAAAAAUGGAGAUGGCACGAGGUACCUUGAUUGGGAGAAGUACUGCUCAUGGUUUACUACCUACGAAACAGAUGAAGAGUAUCUCAAGUACUUUGAAGAAAUAUCAAAGAGAAUCAAGUGGAUUAAACGUUACAUGGAAUUCGAAGGAGGAUCUCCUGAGUGGAUAAGUAUGGAAGCUAUAGGAUUUCGGCAAGCAGUGGAAAUCGCGGUAGACUUUCCCCACAUGAGCUAUGAUUUAGUUUUUACUGCAUACAUGGAUCAUAUUUCCAACACAAGGUUUGAUUAUUUUGACCGUGAAGAAACUGAUCCUCUCCUUUUUGAGAUUUGGAAGCGUGCCGCCAAGCAAAAGAUUACAUUCAGAAAGGCUCUGGACCAAAUCCAGCAAGUGAACAUGUUCCCUCGACAUGAGAAGUGUAUACAAUUUAUACUGGAUAAUAGUAGUACGUAUACUCGUUUGCAAUACACUUUUGAUACUUGCGUGGAAGGCAUCUCUGAUGAGACCCCAGAGGAUGAAGGACGUAUGUUGAUUACAAAGGCAGUUUGGAGCAAGCUUCACAAAGAGAAGACGUGGGAUGAGUAUAUUAAGGAGAAGAUACAGAUUGCUAAACACAUUGGGUUGGAUCUCCAAGCUACAUGUAUCCCAAUUUAAGACCCAGAAGGAUGGAUUGUUGUUAUCGAGCAAAAUAUUGUUCGUUGCUUACUUAGAUGAGAAUUAAGAUGUAGUAUAUGCUGAUAAUGCCUUGCGGUGAUCCGGUGCCCAGGUGCAGACCGUGGUCUUUGGAUAUUUGAGGUCGUGCCAAAAGAGAAGAGAAAUUGGCUGUCAAAGAAGCUUUAAGAAUGAAUGCUUGUGGAAUGCAAGACACACACACUAGGAUCAACACUCCCCCUAUAUUUUAUAAACAAGGCAAUAUUUGCAAUAAUAUGGGCAUAGUGUAACAGCCGAAGUUUAACAUUCCAUAAUUGUAACCCUUUCCAUGUGACCCCCUUUGCAUGUCAUUCCAAGUUUGAGUUGAAUUAAAUUAAGUU